AUGAAGGUAGACAAUGUUGAGUUCAUUUGGACUUCCGGUCGCAAAUGCAACUUUGAUGGUUGUGACCGUGCUGAUUUGCGACCAAUCCUCAUCAACGGAUGGUUCUGGUCUGGCUCUGGUGUCAAGAUGUUCCCUACCAACCGCAGAUUCGCAGGAACAUGGUCCUCAACUGGAGGCGGAGGACGACCUCAGCCCGACAAUAGAGAACCCCAAGAUAACUCUGGUUUCGGCGAAGACGAGGCCUGCGUGGCCAUCUUGAACAACUUCUACCAAGAUGGCGUCGCAUGGCAUGACGUGGCCUGUUCCCACAAGAAACCAUUCGUUUGC